AUGGUAGCCCUAGCUCCCACUCCUUCACCCUCUACCUCUUCGCACCAUUCCCCAUCUCCCGAAGCUUCACCAAUGAAGCGUUCUUUAGCUCAUCCGUCUCCCCCUCCUCAGGCCACUUCGCCAGGAAGCUCGAUGAUUAUGAUUGAGGUUGAGUCGUCUGGAGAGGGGAACGAGGAGACCCUUCCUGCGGCCACCGUGGGCAAGGCUCAGUCCCUCGGGCAUUCUAUGGAGGAGCCCGCAUUUCUAGAGCCAGUCCCUAAGUCGUCAGUUCCUCCGACGCCUGUCCUGGCCAUGAACACAACCCUGAUUCUACCAGUAGACACACCAAGGCUCUUAGCCCCUGCUCGGGUGCCAUCUCCUGCUCCCGCUUCACCUGUUUCACCAGCUGUAUUUGACAGUAUUUCUGAGGAGGAGGAGGAGGCUGCAACGAAUGCAAAUUCUAAUAAGGGCCACCAAUCUGAGGCGGGUACUCCAUCUGACAUGUCAGAUGACUUAGGAGGUGACGAUUUCGAAUACGAAGCCAGCGGAUUUACCGAGGAGGACUAG